UGUCUUGAUGAACCCGCGCACACUUUAUGCUACACCUUUGUCUCCUCCCUUGGCUUUUUCCACAUUCCAAUCCUCAAUUUGCCUCCUUUCCUUCAAAUAAUAAAACUAUACUUUCCUUUCUUCCCUUAACUAAAACACCCCCACCCCCUACCCCUCCCUCAUCACUGUCACCCUUUUCAAGAAAAAACCUUUACUCUCUCAAGCCCCAAAUCUCCCAUUUUUCUUCUACAGUAGCAGAAACAAGACUUCAUUUUUUUUUUUUUGGGUUUUUUUUCUGCAACUUCUUGCUGUGGAACCAAGAAUUGAGGCAAAAGGGUAUCUGAGAAAAAUGCUUCAUUUCUUGUUCCUCUUGUUGAGCUUUAGCUUCAUCUAUCCCACAACCUCAAAAUCCACUAUUGAGCCAUGUUCCAACUCUGACACUUGUUCUUCCCUUCUUGACUACUCUCUCUAUACUGACCUUAAGGUAUCCGAAGUGGCUUCACUCUUUCAGACUGACCCAAUCUCUCUUCUCACUACUAAUGCUAUUGAUAUCUCAUACCCAGAUGUUGAAAACCACAUACUUCCAGCUAAACUGUUCCUUAAGGUCCCUGUUACUUGUUCUUGUGUUGAUGGGAUCUUUAAGUCUGCCUUUGUUCACUACAAGACUAGACCUUCUGAUACUCUGUCUUUGAUUGCUGACACAAUAUAUGGUGGUCUUGUUUCUGCUGACCAGAUCAAGGAAGGAAACUCCAAUGCUGUUGGUCCUGACCCUUCAGUACUAAAUGUUGGGACUAAUCUUUGGAUUCCACUUCCUUGCACUUGCUUUAAUGGGACUGACAAUAAUCUUCCUGCUAUUUAUAUGUCAUAUGUUGUUAGACCUGUAGAUACUCUUGCAGGGAUUGCUUCUAGGUACUCCACCACUCUCACUGACCUUAUGAAUGUUAAUGCUUUGGGAGGUCCUUCUAUUAAGGAGGGUGACAUUCUUUCCAUUCCCUUGUCUGCUUGUACAUCUAGCUUCCCAAGAUCUGCCUCAGAUUUUGCCUUAUCUGUUGCAAAUGGGAGCUAUGCUAUUACAGCUAGUCACUGUGUGCAGUGUAGUUGUGGACCAGGGAGUCGGAAUUUGUACUGCACACCAGCUUCCUUAGCAGUUUCUUGCUCAAGCAUGCAGUGCAAGAACAGCAAUCUCAUGAUCGGAAAUGUUACCGUACAACAGACUGGUGGUGGUUGCAAUGUGACUUCUUGCAAUUACGGUGGCCUUGUUAAUGGAACAAUCAUCACUACAUUAUCCACAUCUCUUCAACCUCGAUGCCCUGGACCCCAACAAUUUCCUCCACUUGUUGUCCCACCUACAUCAGUAGGCCCCGACUCGAUGUUUGCUCCUGCCCCUUCACCUUCUGAAUCUGGUGGUGCUCCGAUGGAUGGUCCACAUUCUUCUGUGGUGCCUGCAUCUGGCUCAGUCAUAGCAUUUCCGCCUUCAGGUGGACCAAGUGGAAGUCCAUCUUCCGCUUGCUCGUUGAACCCUUUUGUUAGUUUUCCUAUUGCAGUUUUCUUGUGUUUGUCUAUGAAAUAUGCGAUCUCACUUCCAUUAUAAUUCUCAUGAGCUGUGGAUGAGCAGGUGAGGGAUUUUUGUGUUGGCUUUUCUUCCUACAGGUGUAAUUUCACUUGAAGAUUGUAGGGUGUACUAUUUAUUGUUCCCAAAUUCUGAAUUAAUUUUGUGAUUUUCUAUUUUUUUUGUGAAUUUUAAUCUAA